GCAACUUACUGGCCUCACUUCCCAGCUCACUUCUGCAAGUGUCACAGAGGUAUCUGGUGACCAUUGCUCUCCUCAAUCUCACACUCCCUCUCAACUAUUGGACUGCUUGGCCCCUCCCCUUCUGUUCUCCAUCUCGGACUGGGAGGCAGUGAGAAGAGGAGAGGAGGUAACAGCCCACGUUCCCCUGGGCCCUGCUACACAGCUCAAUAGCUCAGCUCCUGGAUGGGAUCAUAACCCUGAGUGCUGGCCAAGAUAAGAGCUGCCUCUCCAUUCCUCCAGAGGUCCUGUUUGAAUCACAGCUGUCUUUGCUGGAGAGUGGAGCUGCCCCAGGAUACAAACUCCUUUGGACACACAAUGGCAGUGGCUGGCCGAAGUGUACCCCUGGUUGUGGUACUACUUCUCUUCUUGGUCGCCCCAUCUCAAAGUGGAUGCCCAGGUGCUUGUCGCUGUUCCUUUGCAAUGUUGCAAUGCCUGGAGGCGGACGGAAUCACAAACAUCCCGGCGCUGGCACCACAGGAGAGUGAAAAUGUCACCGAAAUCUACAUAGAGAGUCAAGCCAACCUGGAGAAUAUCACUGACGUAGACCUCGCCAACUACAGAGAAUUAAAGAACUUGACAGUAACAGAUUGUGGGUUGGUGUACAUCUCUGAAAAUGCCUUCCAACACAAUUUCAAGCUGCAGUAUGUAAAUCUGGCUUCUAAUUUUCUGAUGCACAUCGGUUGGAGGGUGUUCCACUCUGUUCCUCUAUUGAGUCUAAUUUUGAGGGAUAAUCCGCUCACCUGCUCAUGUGAUAUUUAUUGGCUUCAGCAAUGGCAUAGAAAAAGACAAGGAGAUAUCGAAUCCCAACAGAACUGCAUUUACAAUGGCACCAGCAUUCAGCUGGAUUCAUUUGAAAUGGACAACUGCACUAUUCCUGAGGUCACAGUCCACUCAUCCACACUGACCACUCAGGAAGGUGGAAAUAUGACAUUUAUAUGCCAGGUGACUGGAGUUCCCACACCUAGUGUCAGCUGGAGAUCAGAACAGCUACAGUCCAAUUGGACCAUAGAGCGAGGAACCUGGGGUUCAACCCUGGAGUUGGUGCUCCAUUUGUGGAACGUGUCUUCUGCAGAUAAUCUGCACAACCUCACCUGUGAGGCAGAGAAUCGAGCUGGUCUGGGAGAGGCUAUGAUGCAACUGGACAUCGAAUUUCCAGUGCGGAUCUUGUUUCUAAGAGAUCCAGAACCACAACAUCACUGGUGUUUCCCAUUUGCUGUGGACAGCAAUCCUCCCGCCACCAUCAAAUGGCUGUUCAACAACAUCCAACUCAUUGAGACCCGCUACAUCUACACUGAACUGAUCCGAGAUGCGUCCGAUGGCUCCGUUCAACACGGCUGCCUCUUUCUCAACAAACCCACCCAUCUGAAUAACGGCUACUAUACCCUCAUCGUGGAAAAUAAACUGGGGAGGGAUGAGGCCACGGUAAAUUCAAAAUUCAUGGAUAGUCCAUUUGGCCCCUUUGAUCCAGAAGGCAUCAUUCCGGUCCUCAUUGAUGAACCAACGCCUCCAACGAACCAAUCAACAGACGAUGUUACUGAAAAACUGGAGAGCAGAGUUUUUGGGGUAUCAGUAGCUGUGGGUCUUGCUGUGUUUGCAUGCACAUUUCUGCUCAUCAUGGUUGUUGUCAUCAAUAAAUGGGGGCAGCACUCCAAGUUUGGUAUCCAUCGUUCUUCUGUUUUAGGGACUGAGGACGAUCUGGCCGUGUCUCUCCGCUUUAUGAACUUCGGGGCAAGUCCUCCUUCUUCAGAUGAUGGCACGCUUGAUUCCGGCUUGUCCAGUUUUGUAGAGAAUCCCCAAUACUUCUGUGGCAUCAUCAAAGAUAAAGAUAUGUGUGUCCAGCACAUUAAAAGAAAAGACAUUGUUUUGAAGUGGGAACUGGGUGAGGGAGCAUUUGGCAAAGUGUACCUGGCUGAAUGCGCCAACCUUUGCCCUGAUACUGACAAAAUGCUGGUCGCCAUCAAGACCUUGAAAGUCGCCAACGAGUCCACCCGCCAGGACUUCCAGCGUGAGGCCGAGCUGCUCACAGUGCUACAACAUGAGCACAUUGUACGUUUCUAUGGUGUGUGUACAGACGGAGAGCCUCUGGCUAUGGUGUUUGAAUACAUGCGACACGGAGACCUCAACCGCUUUCUAAGGGCUCAUGGUCCAGAUGCUUGCAUCUUGGAUGAAGUGAAGGUUCCUCCAGCGGGUCAGCUGACUCUUCCUCAGAUGCUCCAAAUCGCAGCUCAGAUCGCUUCUGGCAUGGUGUAUCUCGCUUCUCUGCACUUUGUGCACAGAGACCUGGCCACCAGGAACUGUUUAGUUGGAGAAGGACUGAUGGUGAAGAUUGGAGACUUCGGAAUGUCGAGAGACAUUUACAGCACAGACUACUACAGGGUUGGUGGAAGGACGAUGCUGCCAAUUCGCUGGAUGCCACCAGAAAGUAUCAUGUACAGGAAGUUUACCACAGAGAGUGACAUCUGGAGCUUUGGAGUGGUCCUCUGGGAGAUCUUCACAUACGGAAAACAACCAUGGUAUCAGCUAUCCAACAGUGAGGCAAUCGAGUGCAUCACACAGGGGCGAGAGCUCGAACGGCCGCGUACCUGCCCGAAAGAAGUGCACCUGCUCAUGCAGGGCUGCUGGCAGAGAGAACCGCAGCAGAGGCUCGUCAUCAAGGACAUCUACAACCGCCUCGUAGCCCUUGUGAAGAACCCGCCCGUCUAUCUGGACAUUCUGGAGUAAAGGCGUGCAGAAACGAGUAAGGAGAGACUCGCUUCCAGCGGCAGGAUUGGGCUGAGGAUGAAAACAAUGGUGGGUUUAGAUGGACGGAAAUCAAAGAACUGUCUCAUAUUCAGAUGUGCUGUAUGAACGUUUACCUAGUUUGUUGAUGUGUAUGUGAAAUCCACUGCUGCUGCUUGUUGUUCAGCCCUUUAUGGAGCACCAAAUGAAAGAAUGUAAGAUUGUAUCCAAGAGUUCAAAUGUAAAAAAUAGGAAAUAAGAAAAACAAACUUGAGUGGAUACUUGCGUUAGUGGAAAUUGCUCAUGACUCACCCCAAAAGAGACUUUCUAUAUGACGAUAUUGUUGUCAGGGCCUUCUUGUAUUAUAAUUAUAGAUCAUUAAAGAUGAUGAGUGUAAUUUUUCCUGAUGUUAAAAUAGAGUACUCAAAUUUCAGUUGAAUUUGCUGAGAUAACUAUAGGUAAGCCACUGUAGGUUGAUUUUCUGCUCUGUGGCACUUUUGAAAACAUUGCUCUGUUUGUAUGUGCAUCACUACAUAGCAACAUUGGCUCAACCAAUAGCAUGAAAACAAUUAUUAUUUUUGCAUUAGGUGAUGCAGAAAUUACACACUUCACCUUUAACUAUUAUGUAAAGUUCCUAAAUAAUUUUACCUUCGAAAUGAGGAUUUGAAGUUGCUUUAAUUUAAACGUUAUCCCAAGUUGACUGCAUUUCUUUUCACAGUAUCUUGCAAUUAUGAAUAUACUACAUCAACCUCUUAUGCGUGAUCAAAACAUGCAUGUAUUGUACAUCUUUCAAUGUUUAACAGCAACUUCUAAUUAUUCCUAUUACUUCCUGCUUUUUUUACCGUAUCAAAAGCAUCAGCAAGGUCAGCAACAGAUCAACUAUAGUGGAGACACGGGCUGUGUUCGGAAUGGAAGACUUGCGUACCUCAUACUGUGCAGUAUACACUGUAUACUGGCUACAAUUCUUUUUAAAUAGUAUGUGAAACAGUGUGUAGUAAAUGUUUCACACGGUUAAAUGCUACAUUGUUACACUCUGUAGGUCUCCAUCUAUAACGGUAUGCAUACAGGAAAAACUACUAGCAGUUUGCUAAUCUGCUAUUCCAAACAAAGACAGAAUUUUAGCAUGAUACCGGUGUAAGGACAGAGGUGGUGUCAAUCGAAUAUUAAUUUAUCACACAGCAUGUUAAGCUGCAAAUGUCGCUGUUUAUUACUUUUAUUCUUUCGAUAAUGGGUGCGUCAUAUUUACGUACUGGUUGUGCCUCCUGUACAUAAGCUAGCAACUGAAUUGCAUCAUGUUUUCUUGUUCAUUUUGUGUUUUUAUGUACAGU